UGUCAUUGUCAACUAGACUGGAAAAUUAUCAUGUCAUGUCUGCUGAUAAUCCAAUUUUUAUUUCAUACUUUAAUAUCUCCGCAGAUUUUGUAAAGAAAAUCAAUCAUUUAUCAAGCGUUUAUUGGUUGAAAAGUUAUGAAGUUCAAAGAAAACUAAUCAACGCUGCUGAAUUGUUGUUUUAUCGAAGCUAAUUAAAAAUGUGACUAGUUUUUCUAUGAAGUUAUUAAAAUUUUAGAAUAAAAUUGUUUUCGUCAUGUCGGAACCGAAUAAUCCGUUUGCGGGUUUGAUAGGAGUGCAAGCCAAUAGUUCUGAAGUUGAAAAUGCACCUUUAGAAAUAACCACAAAACAGUUACCUGAAGAGGCAGUUUUGAUAGUAAAUACUGUUGUCGAGAAUGUUUUCCACUUUACCAUUAACCCAAAUGCUGUGGAAGGACGUUCGUCCUCUGAUAAACAAUUAGUGUAUUUAGAAGAACUAGCUGAGGCUAAUAAGCCAAAAAUUCACAUCGAUCUAGAAGCACUUGAGCAAGCUUUAUUUGAACGCUUGCUUUUGCCUGAUGUGGAAUCUUGUGUCAUCCCUAAGGCUACCAAGGUGUUUAAAGAACAUGUAAUCCAAAAACAAGUGUUCCCGUACUUAUUUGGUUCAUUACAAAACUUGCAGACUUAUGAGCAUAGCAACUCUGUAAUCAUCAAAAAUGGAAUACAAAAAAUGAGAGAGUUAGUAUUCAGAAAUGCAGUAACAGCUCUAAAACAACCAGCUCUUUUUGAGGACCAAGACUUUUCAAUACAACUAGUGGAUCUGUUAAAACAUGUUGAUCCUCAAAGCCAUACAUUUUUCUUAGAUAUAGUCAAAUCUUUUGUGGAGUGUGGAGACAAUGACACCCAGCAACAAUUGAAAGACACAAUGACACCAGUGCUGCAGAGGAUUCAUACAGAUGUUAACAAGUCCACUUUGAUAAAUCUGCCUAUUUAUGUACUGCCAUCUAUUCAUCUGUUUGCUAGUAAUACCCAUCUAGCCCCGAUCCUCAUGGAAGCUUGUGAACCAAAAUUAGAAACAAAAGGGAUACACUAUCAAGACUCAGUCAUUGGUGCUCUGCUAAGUCUAUCUGUUUUGCCGAGGACUGCCACAUCUCUCCAUGAGUUCUUUGAUAAUCCUAUGGAUCAGGGUGCCAUAUCACUGAUUGAAACAUCAAUAUGGAAUGCAUUGUCACACCUUUCCAACAAUAUGCACAAAAUAUUUCUGUCAUUGCUCAAAGGAGGACCUCAGUUAAAGAACCGUUUGUUGACAUGGAUAGGGAAAUGCCUGAAAACAAAUGUAGCUAGAGGGAAGUUGUGGAAUGUACAGGCAGGAGAAAUAAAUGCAGCGACAUUGAGCUGUGUGUCGGACGGCUUCAUGUUGAACUUGGGCGCUGUGCUGCUGCAACUGUGCCAGCCAUUCUGCACGGCCCCAGACGAUCCUAAGUCGCUAAAAAUUGAUCCCACAUACCCUGCUGUUCCUCCAGAAGAAUGUGCAGCAAAGUCAGUACACCUGGACUGUUUGCACGGUGAAACAUGUCUGCUGCCAGCAAGGGAGGAUGAGAACGGCCAAGCAGUGAUAAGGCCUACUGCAGAAACUUACAGCUUUGUCACUGAGUGCUUCUUCAUGACGCAGAAGUGUAUUGAUUUGGGCGUUCGUGUAUGCGCGGAGAAGAUGUGGCGCACGGGACAGGAUUUAGGACGCGCUCAGCGGGCGAUGGCCGAUGUGGCCGCGGGCGCGCACCACCUGCUGGAGCCCAUGAGGCAGCGGACACACCAUCUCAUGACCAGGUUCGUCAGCCUCCGCUGCGCCCUCCACGAGAAGGACAUGCUGAGCAACCUGACUCGCCUGCAAGCCACGACCUGCAACUGGCUGGUCCAAGUGGCGGUCCGGACGGACCCCGGCCCGCAGACCUUCGCGCCCACCACUGUGGUGCCCGUCACCAUGCCCAUACACACCCCCCCGCCUGAUACUUUAAGAUGCAUUCCAGAAUUCGUAUUAGAGAAUAUAGUGGUACUGAUCACGAUGUCGCGGCGAAGCGACGGUGCGAUCAGCGAGGAAGCUGACAUCGCUGGUCUGCUGCGGCCCGCGUUGUCUCUGGUGCUCACCUUCAUGGGAGACUCCACGCGCACUUACAACCCUCAUUUGAGAGCGCGAUUAGCGGAGUGCGUGGAGGCCAUGUUGCCGAACCACCCCGACGACCAACAGCCCCUCAGCAGCCUCGCGUCUUUUUCCCGCGAACAAUUGUUCAAGGAGCACCCUCACAGAUUACAGCUAGUGCCGUGCCUGCUGGACGUGUUCGUGGGCAUCGAGAUGACGGGCCAGAGCGUGCAGUUCGAGCAGAAGUUCAACUACCGCCGCCCCAUGUACCUCGUCAUGGACUUCCUCUGGGGCCUCGAGGAGCAUAGGGACGCCUUCACACGGCUGGCGCGAGAGGCGGAAGCCAACAUGGAGGCAGUCCAGCCCCCCAUAUUCCUUCGUUUCGUCAACCUUCUCAUGAACGACGCCAUAUUUCUGCUCGAUGAGGCGCUCACUAACAUGGCACAGAUAAAGACUUUGCAAGCUGCGCAGGAAAGCGGUGCGUGGGCCAGCUUGCCAGCGCCGGAGCGGGCGCAGCAGCAGUCGACGCUGUCGCACGUGGGCACGCUGGCGCGCUUCGACAACAUCCUGGGCCGCGACACCGUGCGCACGCUGGUGCGCCUCACCGCGCAUGCGCCCUAUGUCUUCUGUCAUCCCACGCUCGUCGAGCGCAUCGCCUCCAUGCUCAACUACUUCCUGCUGCAUCUUGUCGGCCCUAACAAGAAGAACUUCAAGGUGAAAGACAUGAAGGAGUUCGAGUUCGACCCAGCGAGCACAGUGUUGGAUAUAUGUCGGAUGUACGUAGAGCUCGGGAAUAACGAACGAUUCUGCGGCGCCGUGUCCGACGACGGCCGCUCGUACUGCCCUGAACUGUUUACCUUGGCUGAAGCUGUGUUGGUACGAAUUGGCGGAGGCGGGCUAAUAGGGUCGUUACAAGAAGUGGCGUCCCGCGUCAGUCGCCUCGCGGAACAGAAGCAACGCGACGAGGAGAUCCUCGCCAAUGCCCCUGAAGAGUUCCUCGACCCCAUCAUGAGCACCCUCAUGAUGGACCCCGUCAUACUGCCCAGCUCCAGGACCACUGUCGAUAGAACUACUAUAGCCAGGCACCUUCUGAGCGACCAAUCAGAUCCCUUCAAUCGCUCACCAUUGUCUAUGGAUCAAGUGAAGUCCAAUACUGAGCUCAAAGAAAAAAUUCACGCCUGGAUUGCCGAACAGAAGCAGAAAAUUGCUCAAACCCAGUCUAGUGAUGACUAAGUACUGAAAUAAAAGACUUGUAUAUUACGCAUAUACUAGGCAAAGCUAGUAUCAAUAGUUUAAUUUCUAGGGUGUAGAUUUCUUAUGACACCAUUUUAUGUAAGCACACAAUGAUGCGUAUGAUGGUUGCUGACAUUUAAUUACUGUUAUUUAUUUUUAAAUUCUUUAUUCAGUACAAUCUACAAUAUCCAACAACAUGAUAAAACCACACCACAAAAACCUCGUAGGGUUUAUCCGGGCAUCAGCAAGUCGCUGUUAUUAUUAGGCAGGUAAAGAGUUAUAAACUUAUUCUUAAAUGUUUUACUAUUCAGUUCAGUUGACUUUAUUGUUGAAAAACUCAAAAUCAGACUGGGUUUGAAAGCGUUAUAGGCGCUUAAACCAUGCAAUGGAUUUCAAUGCAGUUUUCACUAAUAUUUAGGUGUAAUAUACACCCGUGUGAACUGUCGUCAGUACCUAUAUUAUAAAUUGAAUAACUUUAUCUUUUGAAAUUGUAAAUAUUAUGUUUUAUCUAAGAACGACGUGUGUGGUGCCACGUGUUUGGUCAUAAUUUAUAUUAUACAUGUAGUGCCGCAGUGGAAACGAGAGAUUCAUUUUACAAGGUGUAGGUAAAGUUGUAUCAUAUUUAACUUUUAUUAGAGACCGCAUCGCGAAAUAUGUCCCGCGGCAAAUUGUGGAAUUAUCGACAACAAAUAGGCCACGUUGUUGUUGUCAGCAAAGAUGUCGGCUGCGGGACAUUUUCGUGACGCGGCCUCCUUAGUUUUCCGCUAUGCUUAAAUAUUAUUUUAAAGACUAUAUACUCUUAGACUGUAUACUGUAACCAAUAUGGUUGUUUGACGAAAAUUUGUACGGUAUCGAUCGAAAUACACCUUUAGGCAAUUAACUGGUGGCUUUCCUGUGGUCAUGUUACGUUGGUAACGUCAGAUUUCCUGUAAUAUUAUAAUAUUUUAAAUAUAAUUACUAUAUUGACGUUUUAAGUUUCGUUACAUAUCAGUUCCAUAAGGUGCAGUGAUUUUAUUUUGUUAAUUAUAUAUUAUUUUCCAUUCCUGUUGUGUUAUUUGAUGUUCAAUAAAUCUUUUGAAUCUAA